CCUCACGCAACUUGCGAAAGGUGAAUUAAAAGGCGAUCAACAACCGUUUCGUCAGACCUGAUCCCCGCCAGUUCGCAGAGCGACACAAUGACAGCCAAUACAGACGGGCUUCAAAAAACCUAUAGCAAUUUUGCUGAAAGUCUGACGAAUGAGAAGCUCGAUAGGUUUCUCGAGGACGCUGAAGCCAUCAUGGCAAAGCCCGCUGCCAUGCUUCUUGCCCAAGCUGGUAUUGGCUCCACCACCAAAAUUCCUUUCAAGCUGCUGGAUGGUGCCUGCGGGACUGGCGCUGUGGGAUCGCAGCUGCAGCGGGUUGUAAACAAGGACGUGCUAGAGCAGAGCAGUAUCCUCUGUGGAGAUGUCAACCAGCCGAUGCUUGAUAUCCUCAAGAAAAGGGCAGAGCGGGACGCUUGGGUCAAUACGGAAGUAGCGACAGUUGAUGCUCAGGACUCAAAACUAGCGGACGGCUCUUUCACCCACGUGACGAUCAGCCAUGGUCUUCAUGUAAUUCCAAACCCGGACUUGGUGCUGAAAGACACUCUGCGCAUACUGAGGCCUGGCGGCACCUUCGCUUUCAGCACAAUGCAUCAAGAUAACGUGGCCUGGGUUCCUGAUGUCCGAUCAGCCUUUGCCAGGCUUCCGUUCGAGGUUUCAUUACCCGACCCGUUCCCAAUGGCAAGCAACGGACAUCUGGAAUGGGGAGACCCCCAAGAGAUCAAGCAGAAGCUUUGGGAUCACGGAUUCAAUAAUGUCAGCGUCAAGGUAAUCCAGAAUGAUCAACAUAUCGAGAGUGCGGAGCGCUUCACCGAUGCGUUUAUGAUGAUGAUCAACUGGUUGACACAGACGUAUUGGACCCAAGAACAGAGGGAAAACUACCAUGGCACUUUGAGGGAUCAUGUUAUUAAGCAUCUGAAGGAGAAGUAUGACGGGAGGGGUUGGAUGUUGAAAUGGACCAUGAUCUUGGCCACGUGCCAGAGAGACUGAUCAUAUGUGACCCAUUCAAUGUUCAACGAACGAUGUGACAUAGCACUAAUGUUUGCUGGGUAAAGGAUAAAUGAAC